UCCACCCCAGCUAGCUUCAGAGAAACACACGCGCUCACACAGAGGGAGAAAGCAUCCCAGUCGCAGAGGAGAGGAGAGGACAUGGCAACACUAGUCACUCCGGCUGCCCGGGCGUCCGAACUGAUGGCGCAGGGACGCAAGUCCGCCGCCGCCCUCGAGGCCCUGCUCCAGGUCCAGGACGACCACGCCGGGAUACGGGAGCUCGCCGCCGAGAUCCUUUGCUGCUGCGACCGCGCCCUCGCCGCCCUCCACGGCAAACCAGGCCGGAAGAAGCGCAAGUUGGGGCCCCAGAGCGCAGCCACUGAGACAACCCAGACCAAAAGAAGGACGCGCGCGAGCAGCAGAGAGACGGCGGCGACGCCGACGAGGGUGGAGACGAAGCAGAACUGGGACGACGGCUUCGUGUGGACCAAGUACGGGCAGAAGCACAUCCGGGGCAGCGACCACCCGAGGCACUACUUCAGGUGCGCCGAUUACACGCUCGACGCCGGCGGCUGCCCGGCCAGGAGGCAGGUCCAGCGGUCGGAGGAGCACGACCCUCCCCUCUACGUCCUCACCUACUUCGCCGACCACACCUGCUGCCACGGUGGCGAGGCGGCGUUCGCCGCCUUGGACGACGUCAAGAUCCUCGACUUUGGGUCCGUGGGCAGCCGCUCGCCACGGCCUGACGACGGUGACGAUCCGAGUGGAAAAACCUCACUCUCGGAGGAGCUCCCAGCCGAGGUGGCCAAAGUCGAGUCAACGCCGUUGCCAGACAUGCGGCCGGCGGGGAAAGUGGCGGAGCUGAGCUCCUCCACCGACGACAUCCAUUGUUCCUCCUCCUGGGAGUCAGCGGCUGUCUGCUCUGACUGGGAUUUCUUUGGCAACUGCUCCUUUGAUUACGUUAGCGAGUUCUUCGAUGUUGAAGACAUUGCUUUGUACCGAUAGCAUGUUUCGCUUGUGCCAACGCUCUCCUUCCGUCGGUGAAGCACGGAUUCGAUGGCCGAAAAGCCGUCAGUAAAGCCUCAGCCUACUAAUUAAGCUGGCUAGUUUGUACAUACCUAUGCUGACAUUUUCUUGUUAAUCUUCUUGGGUAAAGGUCAUCACCGCAUCAAGCAGGUGCAAUUCUGUAAUCCAUUUAUGGAGCCCGGAAUUAAGCAAAUCUAGGGUCCUUGUAGCCUAUACGUGUACGAGGAAAAGACAUCCUUGUCCAAACCUAAAAUCACACAAAAUCUGCGGAAGCUCACCACCAGCUGCUCAACAGAGUGUAGAUCACCAGACACCAGUGGCACCACCACUGGCCGGAGCCCUUUUUUUUCGUAAAUAUGCAAAGCUUGUGUAUCAUUUCAUUCAUAGAAGGAGUAGAAUGAGUAUAGACGGAUAGAACACA